AUGGCAGAGCUGUGCCGCACAGAGUCCACCCUGAUGUCUCUGGACGAGGAGCAGUUGUGGGAGAUGGUAGACAGUCAGCGGUGUAGGAUUGUGUGCAGCGUCAGUCCCAGCCGCCUCACGCCCUACCUGCGUCAGGCCCGCGUUCUGGGCCAGCUGGAUGAGGAGGAGGUACUUCAUGGCCCCCGGCUCACCAACACCGCCAUGCGAACUGGGCACUUGCUGGACUUGCUGAAGACUCGUGGGAAGAAUGGGGCCAUCGCAUUUCUGGAGAGUCUCAAAUUCCACAACCCUGAUGUCUACACCCUGGUCACUGGGCUGCGGCCGGAAGUGGACUUCGGCAACUUCAGUGGGCUCAUUGAGACGUCCAAGCUGACCGAGUGCCUGGCUGGGGCCAUUGGCAGCCUGCAGGAGGAGCUGAGUCAGGAGCAGCGGCAGAAGGUGGCGCUGCGGGAGCAAUGUCGGCAGCUGCAGGAACGCCUGGGCCUGGCCGAGGCCCGUGUGGACAGCCUGCGAGAGCUGGAGGCCGACCACGGCCGCAUGAAGCGCGAGGUCAGCACCCACUUUCACGAGGUGCUAAAGCUGAAGGAUGAACUGCUUAACCUCUCCCUGCACUACAGCAGUGCCUUGCAGGACAAGGAGCUGGCCACCACACGCUGCCGAGGCCUGCAGGAGGAGUUGUACCUGAUGAAGCAGGAGCUGCAGCGGGCGAAGGUGGCUUCCUCCUGUGAGCGGGAAUUUCAAGAGCGCUCCCUGCAGAUGGCCAACAGCCUGGAGUCGGAAGAUGAGGAAGUGAGCCGUCUGAAGGAGGAAAAUGAGAAGCUCAGAUCGCUGACCUUCAGUGUGGUGGAGAAGGACAUCCUAGAACAGAGCUUGGACGAGGCCCGGGAGAGCAAACAGGAGCUGGUGGAUCGGAUCCAUUCACUGAGGGCACGGGCCGUGGCCGCCGAGAGACAGCGCAAGCAGUACUGGGAAGAGAAGGAGAAGACUCUGAUGCAGUUCCAGAAAACCCAGGUGGACUGUGAGCUGUACAAGGAGAAGAUGAACGCCCUCCAGGGACAGAUGGCUGAGCUUCAGAAAGAGCGAGACCAGGCAUACGCAGCCAGAGAUGGAGCCCAGAUGGAGAUUUCUCAGAGGCUGGUGGAGAAGGACUCGCUCCGCAGAAAAGUGUUUGAGCUGACGGAGGAAAUCUGUGAGUUGCGCAAACAGCUACCCAAGCUUCAAACAGACUCACUAAAUGGGGUGAGUGCCAAGGAGGACACUGAGCCCCAGGAGCCCUGUGUGCCUGGUAAACAGCGGCUGGUCCGGAUGUAUGCCAUCUGCCCACAGGCAGACAUUAGCAGCGGGGACCUCCUUAGCUCCACUGAGACUCUGUUUUCCUCUCAGCCCUGGUCCCACUCGAACACCAUGUCCAGCUUCCGCUCCAGCAGCCCCGUGCCACCCAGUCAGCAGUCCCUCUACAAGCGGGUCACAGAGGACCUCCUGGAGGAACCCUGGUCAUUAAGCAGCCUUCCGGAAAUCCUGGAGACAGGGCGGAGUGCCUCCCCAGUGGGCAGGGCAGAUGACUUGGACCUGGACUAUGAGAUCGUGGACAAGGCUGGCCUUUUUGAUGCAGACAGUGGCUCGCAGCCCUUCUCUGGGGGCCUCUACGUUUCAGACAGCAGUAUGCCUGUGCGGCGGCGGCCAGCUCGCCGGAUCACUAGCCAGGUCACCGGGCUGACUUUCCAGGGACACGCAUUGUUGAAUCAGAUCAGCGUUAUUGGAGGAAACAGCACGGGCAUCUUCAUCCACCGAGUAACCCCCGGAUCGGCAGCUGAUGAGAUGGCGCUGCGCCCAGGCACCCAGAUUGUGAUGGUUGAUUACGAAGCCACGGAGCCCCAGUUCAAAGCUGUUCUGGAAGGCACAACCCUGGAGCAGGCCAUCAGACUCUUGGGGCGGGUGGACGGCUUCUGCUGCCUGUCUGUGAAGGUCAACAUGGAUGGGUACAAGAAGCUGGUCCAAGACCUGGAGGCCAAGGUGGCCACUUCGGGGGACUCAUUCUACAUCCGGGUCAACAUGGCCAUGGAGGGCAGGGAGGAGGGGGAUCUACAGGUGAACUGCAAUGAAGUUCUGCAUGUCACCAACACACUGUGCCAGGGCCAGGGCCGGGGCCGCUGGCACGCCCACCGCGUCAGCCCCUACACCAUGAAGGAUACUGACCACGGGGCCAUCCCUAACUACUCACGGGCCCAGCAUCUGCUUAUCGACACCAUCCAGGACAUGGCACAACAGAGCACGGCCGCCCGUAAGCAGCCUUCUGGGACCCCCCAGAAGCUUGUUCGCAUCAUCAGCAUGGACAAAACCAAGGCCAGCCCUCUGUGCUCAUCCUUGGAUGGGGGCCAAUCAGAGCCCAGCAAGUUGGAAGGUGAGGCUGAUGGGGGGUACUCGUCUGUGUGCUUCUGGGCUGAGAGCUGCUUCACCCUGGUGCCCUACACCCUGGUGCACCCCCACAGACCUACUCAGCCCCGGCCAGUGCUCUUCGUGCCCAGGGUGGUUGGGAAGAUUCUGAUGGAGAAGCUGUGCCUCUACCGAGGCUUUGAGAAAUGCCUGCCAGAGUAUCUGAGCCAGGAGGAAUACAAUGGCCGGAACCUGAUAGGAGACAUCAUCCAGGGCCCAGAAGGGUCCAGUGGUCGCUGCUGGGUGACCCGCCAAGCUGUGGAGUCUCUCAUGCAAAAGGACACCCACGGGCUCUUGGACUUGGGACUGACCACCAUCUGUGCCCUGCACAGACUUGAAAUCUUUCCCAUCAUCCUCCAUGUCUCCAUCAACGAGAAGACUGCCAAGAGGAUCAAGAAAUCCCUGCAGCGGCUCGGCACGUCGGAGGAGCAGCUGCUGGAGACAGCCAGGCUGGAAGAAGGGGACCUGGACAAGGCACCCUGUCUGUACAACAGCCUGGCCCCUGAUGGAUGGAGCGACCUCGAGUCCCUGCUUAGCUGUGCCCGAGCAGCCAUCGCCGACGAACAGAAGAAGAUUGUGUGGACAGAACAGAGCUCCUGCUGA